AUGACGGCAGCACCAUCGGGCACCGUCCCGCCUAAAGGUGGUGGCCCGGUUCCGACCAGCUUAAAAGCACCAGCGACUUCGAGCACCAAUCCCGAGUCCGUUACCUCCACUGGCAGCAAGCCUUCUAGCUCGCCUCAUACAACUCCACCCACCUCGGUGCCUCGCCGAUCCCCUCGUCCCGUAUCGUCAGACUUCUUGUCCGAUAAGGCUACCGCUACAUUCAUACGCCGUGUGCUUUGCGCUCAGCACCUGGCAGAUAGGGGGAGGAGCACGCCUGCGCCCAUCCAAGAUCUACUGCCGCCUCUUACGAGCCGAAACGAUGUAGAUCUUCAGCUAUAUGCCCUAAUAGCUAUCAUUAUUAAGGAGUUCGUCCAAAAUUGGUAUACCAAGAUUACGCCCGACGAGACAUUCGUCGCCGAGAUCGUGCAGAUUAUUGCGCAUUGUACCCGCGCGUUGGAGCAGAGGCUGCGGAACGUAGAUCUCGAGAGUUUAUUAUUCGAUGAGCUUCCAGAAUUGCUAGACGCACAUAUCCGAGCAUAUCGAGUAGCGAGGAACACGGUAGCUCGGCCACCAGUCGAGGCCAAUCCACGCGAGAUCUACCAUUCGCUCUGGCCGCUGCCUGCCCUGUCCCCGGUUCCUAAAUCUGGACACAGUAGCAUACAGACUCAGGAAGAUAACGAAAGUGCAUACCGCCAACUGUUAGUACAGGGCGUCCUAGCCCUCUUGCUUCCAACCGAGGAUCUCGAGAACGAGUGCUUGACGACGCUGGUUGAGCAACUGUUCUCGGAACUUGUCAUAGGCAAUCUCAUCAUUAACAAGCUCUCGGAGCCAUGGCUUAUAUGGGAAGGUCUGAUUAUACUAACGAGAAUAGUGCGUGCAAGAAGCACAAUAGAGGCAUCUGGGCCUGGAGACAUGGAACCAGACGCGAAUCUAAAGACAAUCCGCGGCAUAGUCCCGCCGAUUACGAGAAAACGGAGCUUGUACAUUCAGCAGUUUUUUUGGACCGUAAUUCAGUGGGGGUUCGUUAUAGUAAACUCGAUACGACUGAUGAUCAGUACCAUCAUGCUAUCCCGAACACUCCCUCCUAGGUCCAUCCCUACCAUCCGCCAGGUAGAUCCAACGUCGCAUGAUUAUGGAGAGAAAUCCUACCAUCCUCCAACCUCUGAAGUUGGUUUACAACCAGUCAACGUUCCCAUCGCAGACUUCAAGCUCUGGGCUUGCGUUGGGAAUUUACUCGAAAUAGACGCUCGCAUGCCCUGGAUGAGCGGAACUUUGUCCAUGGCACAAUGGGGAGCCCUGAGAGGUCCGGGCAACUUGGCAGGGUUUAACGGGAUGAUCGAUAGACUUUUUUCGCACUACAUCCACGUCUAUAUCCUCGAUCCUGUCCGUCUUCCCCCACUCCUUCGAGCCGUGCGCGGCGCUGUCUUCCCCAAUAAUGCUCCAGGUUCAUCCAGCCUAAUCCCUCCUUCGUCUGACGAGCAGCUGGGCGCCUUACGCCGCAGAUGCGCUAGCGCGCUUUUGGCGCUUGUUCCGAAGAGGGUGGGCAGGCUUUAUUACGGUAGCAGUAUCUGGCCUUGGUCUACCAGAUCUACUAGCACUCUUUCGAGUGCGAGUUCGCGGUCCGGACCGUUUAAGGCCGACAGCUAUAACACGACGCAUAAUGCCAACCGUACUGGAGAGGAAGUUGCACGCGUGCGGCUUACCGAUGAUGGCAAAUCUGUUAGAGACAACCAUGCAACGUUGACCCCAGACAAAUCAAAGCGGCAAAUUGGAGACACCGGUGUGCGACCGACCGAGGCCGGUGGCGACAAACGGGCUGACAUGUGUAACGGAGACGAGGACGAGGACGAAGAUGAGAACAGAAUUCUAUCCGAAAUCGAGACGGGCGUUCUCGACGUCUUCUCGGAUCCCUACUGUAACAAGCACUUAUUGUACGGAAUUCUAGAACUCAUUCUGGUGCGCCUCAUGCCCGAACUAACCGAAAAGGGGGUCAUCGAACUAUGGGAAGAUCGACUAAGUUGAGGAAGGCCGGACGUUCGGUUUCUCGUAAAUGAAAUAAGUUAAGGUAAUGAUUGAUUGAUACCCGACCAACCGACGCGUGGUUAGAACAGACAGAAAGAAAUUUAGGAGAGUUUCAAAGUUAUAAUGCACCGCCCUGUCCAGAUCGAGUGCACCCCUUCAUGCAAUGCAACAUGCUUCUACGACAUAAGCAGCAGACAGACCUAACGGGACCGAAGCAGGAGUAGUUCCGGAAAGUAGUUACAGAGCCGCCCCAGAUUGCCUGUAGGUACCGAUGUUUACAUCGCCUCUUCCUGUUUCGUCGUCUGGCUUGUGAAAGAGCCUAGGUUGGUAGCAUCUGGGUUCGGCACUCCAAAAAUAAACGUUCGGUCAUCAAUUGGAGCAGUCGGGCUACGAAACCAAAUCCCUUUCUCGUUGCGGGGUGUAACCUAACCCAUCCCAACCCAUCCCAAAGGUCACUGGUUGCGAGUAACAUGCCUGUCCGCCUGUCUGCCUGUCUCUCAUCUGUAACUCA